AUGUCAUCUUUUUUUACAGCCCCGAGCGCCCAAAAGAAGAGGAAACGUACUGUGGCAACAGAAGCACCAAAAAAGAGAUUGGCAACGUCGAAAGCCUCAUCGAAACCACCAAGUCGCGGCCCCGCCAAACCUCCGGCCGCGCCCAAGAAGAAAGCAAUUGAACGCGACGAAUCCAUAUCGGGCAGCGACAUCGACAGCGACGAGAGCGACGAUGACGUCCGGAACGGGACCGACUCCGAGGGAGGCUCAGACGAGUCUGGAGACGAAGGAGAGACUGCCGCGGAGAAGCGAUUGAGGUUAGCACAGCGCUACCUCGAGAAGACCAAGAAGGAGGUGGAAUUGGAGGACGAAUAUGCCUUCGACGCGGAGGAAAUCGACCGAGAUCUCCUCGCGGAGCGAUUACAAGAGGACGUAGCCGAAUCUAAAGGCAAAGUUUACCGGCGGCUGGCGGCCGAACUGAAUUUUGAGGGGGCAUCUCACACUCAAUUCCGGUGGAACUCCGGGUCGGUAACCUCAGUGGCCGUGUGUGCUCCAUACGCCUACACCACGACAAAGGACGGUUAUCUCACAAAAUGGAGGUUGCAAGACCUACCAAAGGAUCAAUGGCCACAGACAACACGGAAGAAGCCCAAGAAGCCUCCUGCGCCGCCCAAGCGGAGACCGGAACGGAUAUGCUUUGCCAAAGCCAACCCAAGCAAAAGCAAAGACAAGACCUAUCAAGGCCACACCGGGGCUCCCAUCACCGUCAAGGCGUCCCAAGACGGCAAGUUCGUCGUCACAGGCGGCGUCGACCGCCGUAUGGUGGUCUACAACGCAGACGACCUCAAGCCCAUCCGCGCCUUCACCCAACACCGCGACGCCGUGACAGGCCUCGCCUUCCGCCGAGGCACCAACCAAAUCUUCUCCUGCUCCAAAGACCGCACCGUCAAGGUGUGGUCACUCGACGAACUCGCUUACGUCGAGACCCUCUUCGGCCACCAAGAUGAGAUCCUCGACGUCGACGCCCUCGCCCAGGAACGCUGCGUCAGCGUCGGCGCGCGCGACCGCACCGCGCGUUACUGGAAAGUACCCGAGGAGUCCCAGCUCGUCUUCCGCGGCGGCGCAGGUGAAGGCAAAAAGACCAGGGUCCCCGCCGGCCUCGAUCCGGCCUCGGCCGCCCAUGAGGGCAGCAUGGACCGCGUGGCCAUGCUCGACGACGAGAUUUUUGUCACCGGCAGCGACAACGGCGAUCUCGCGCUGUGGAGUAUCCAGCGCAAGAAAGCCCUGCACGUGGUCCCGCGUGCCCACGGCAUCGAGCCCCCCUUGCGGCCGUCCCAGUCCUCCGCCGACGAGACCCCCGACCCGAGCGUCGUGCCUGCGCCACAGCCGCGCGGCAUCACUGCCCUGCGGACGAUCCCGUACUCCGACGUUAUUCUCAGCGGGAGCUGGGAUGGGUGCGUACGGGUGUGGCGGCUGAGCGAGGACAAACGGAAGAUUGAGGUUGUUGGCGUAUUGGGCGGACCAUCCCCCUCGACACCACCACCGGCCUCGAGCUCGAAACCCAACGGGAUACUAAAACCCACAGCAAACGACCAUGGCGACGACGCACAGGGGGCGAACCAGGAUAUCGUCCGCGGCAUCGUCAACGACAUCGCCAUGUUCGAGCGGGGCGAGCGUGGUCGGGACGGGCUUUGCGUGGUGGCGGUGACAGGCAAGGAGAUGCGGCUAGGGCGGUGGAAGAGCGUGAAGGAAGGGCGGUGUGGUGCGGUCAUCUUUGAGGUGCCCAAGGUACUGCUGUCGAAGAAGCAGGGCAAUGAUGAGGAGGAGGGGGAUGAGGAAGAGGAGUCAAGUUAG